UCAAUUCACAAUAAUAUCAUUGUUACGAAAUGUAAAUUCGGUGAUUGCGUUUUUUAAUUAUAGCAAUAUAUUUUACGUACUGUUUGUCAAAUGUGAUAUUCAACUAUAAAUGUUAUUUCUCCUGCGAGUAUAAUGCUUCUAUCUCAAUGGCAUCUAUAUAACUUAUAGUGGAAUUUCCAGCGUUUAGCUAGUUUGGAGAUGCUCGAGGAAAAAAGCAACUUUCCUUAUAUAUAUCUUGCAUCUUUGAAAUCUCAAAGUUAAAAGUGCCAUUAAAUUUUCACAAUUAAAUAUGCAAUACAGGAGUAAGGAAGAACAAAUUUCUGAAAAACUACUUUAUUUAUAAUAUAUAAAACUCAAAGACGUUUAUAAUCGAGGAAAAGAAUUUCUCAGAAAAGAAGCAAAGAUCAAUCUUAUAUAACUCGAUGGAAGAUUCUGUUACAUAUUAAUACAAUAUAUAAUAAACUGAUUCACCUUUGCGCAAUCGAUAGCGAAAGAAACUUUAUGUCAUCAUCAGUGUCAUGAUGCUGAGAUCGGAGGUUUCGUCGAGGGACAAUCUUAAUACUCUCACACAAUCGGAGGAACGACGUCGUACCGGAAGGUACGUCGCGGGCGGAAUGGCUCUUGCAUUUACAUUGCUCGGGCUGCAUCAUUUGCUUCUACGGGGUGCGUCCACGAUAGCGGGAGUGUGCGUACCCGCCAUCAUUAUGGCCUUGUACAUAAUCUGGGUGUUAUACUCCGCCCGCAGGGACAGGCGGAAGGCGCUGAGAUUCGUUACGGCAACGCAACCGACUGAAGUCAUCAAUAUUCCUUCCAGAUCCGGAUCUAAUGUUAUUUGCAAGAAUUCCACAAGCGACGACAAUUUAAAGAAAAAUUCGUCAAAUCUAUACAAAUCACAGAACAUUCGCGAAAAUCUCGCUUUUUCUAAUAAAGAUGAAGCGUAAGAAAAUCAGUUUAAAAUUUUUUUAAUGUUUGGAAAAAUCAUAUUUUGAAUAUAUGUUUACUGAAUGCUCAAAAGGAUGUACACAUACGUUACUUAAUUCGAAAGAAUACAUUUGUAAAACAAAUUCAUAAUAUAUAUAUGACCUACAUUUUUGUA